AUGGAAUUCCCAGUCGUCAUGGGAUCACUUGCUGACAUAGAAUUCCGUGUCGCUGCGGUCUUACUUGCUGGCAUUGGAUCCAUUGUCAAGAUCAACAUUGAAUUCUCCCUCCUCACUGUGUUACUUGCUGGCAUAGUAUCCCCUGUCAUCAUGGUAUUACUUGCUGGCAUAGUAUCCCCUGUCACCAUGGUAUUACUUGCUGGCAUAGCAUCCCCUGUCAUCAUGUGGAUUCAUAAGUACACUGCAGUCUGGGGUGAGUACACUGUCAGUGGAUUCAUAAGUACACUGGGGUUGGUAGAUGACAGGACAGUGGUUCAACCCGAGGCAGGGGACCUCACCAACCCACCCAAGAAAUUCAGAGAUUGCCUGUUUCGUAUCUGCCCUAUGAACAGGUACUCUGCACAGAAACAGUUUUGGAAAGCCUCCAAACAGACUUCCCACCAAACAAGUGUCACUGACGCUGUGCUGCUGAAGAAAUUACAUCAUGCAGCAGAAUUGGAGAAAAAACAGAAUGAAAUUGAAAACAAGAAACUGUUGGGCAACAUUGCUCAGUAUGGCAGUGUUGUACAGUUGCUCCACCUUAAAAGCAACAAGUACCUGACAGUGAACAAGCGUCUGCCUGCGUUACUGGAGAAGAAUGCCAUGAGGGUCACACUGGACAACUCAGGAAAUGAGGGAUCUUGGUUUUAUAUAGUUCCCUUCUACAAACUCCGUUCGUCAGGAGACAAUGUUGUAGUGGGAGACAAGGUGGUCCUGAACCCAGUGAAUGCCGGCCAACCCCUGCAUGCCAGUAACUAUGACCUGCCUGACAACCCUGGCUGUAAGGAGGUCAACUCUGUCAACUGUAACACCAGCUGGAAGAUUGUCCUCUUCAUGGACUAUAGGGAGAACCAGGAAGAUGUGCUGAAAGGGGGGGAUGUGGUGCGUCUGUUCCAUGCUGAACAGGAGAAGUUUCUUACCUGUGAUGAGUACAAGAAGAAACAGUAUGUGUUCCUCAGGACAACAGGGAGAACAUCUGCCACUGCUGCCACUAGUUCUAAGGCACUGUGGGAAGUGGAGGUUGUUCAACAUGAUCCAUGCAGAGGGGGUGCUGGCCAUUGGAACAGCCUGUUUAGGUUCAAACACCUAGCAACUGGACAGUACCUGGCUGCUGAGGUGGACAAUGAUCCGACCCCUGACCCCAUGCGUAACAAGCUGCGUGGUGGUCCCAGCACUCCUGUGUAUACACUGGUCUCUGUGCCUCAUGGACAUGACAUUGCUUCCAUCUUUGAACUGGACCCCACCACAAUGACCAGAGGAGACUCACUGGUACCCAGGUCAUCAUUUGUCCGUCUGCGUCACCUGUGCACCAACACAUGGGUCCACAGUACUUCUAUUCCCAUUGAUGUGGAUGAAGACAGACCCAUCAUGAACAAGGUGGGUUGUGCUGCAGUAAAGGAAGACAAGGAAGCAUUUGCCAUUGUUCCUGUGUCUGCGGCAGAGGUCAGGGACCUAGACUUUGCUAAUGACGCCAGCAGGGUGCUGUCCAGCAUUGCAUCCAAGCUGGAGAAGAGCUCCAUCACACAGACUGAGAGGAGAUGCGUGACCCAGCUCCUCCAUGACCUGAUCUUCUUUGUGGCCUAUCAAGAGAACACCACUGGAGGGGACCCCCUGGAAUACGACUUUAUUGUCCCCGAUAGAGAGAGACAGAAGCUGCUCAGAGAGCAGAAUAUUCUCAAACAGGUGUUCAAGAUCCUUCAAGCUCCAUUUAUAGAGGGCAGUGAAGGCCCCUUGUUGAAGAUGGAGGAGCUGGCAGACAAACGGCAUGCUCCUUUCCGCCACAUCUGCUGUCUCUGCUACAGGAUCCUCAAACUUUCCCAGCAGAGUUACAGGAAAAAUCAGGAGUACAUUGCCAAGCAGUUUCCAUUCAUGCAGAAGCAGAUAGGCUAUGGUGUCCUAGCAGAGGAUACUAUUACUGCACUCCUUCACAACAACAGGAAGUUACUGGAGAAACACAUCACAGGGUCCGAAAUUGAGACUUUUGUCAACUUGGUCAGGAAAAAUAAAGAGUGCAGGUUUCUGGACUACCUGGCAGACCUUUGUGUGUCCAACCAUGUGGCCAUUCCAGUGACGCAGGAACUGAUCUGCAAGUCUGUGCUCAGUCCUAAGAAUGCUGACAUCCUCAUACAGACCAAGUGGUAUCAGUUGGACCUGUUCUCCCACAUGUGUCUUGACCGCCAGUACCUGGCCAUCAACAUUCUGUCACCACAGCUGGACAUUGAUCUCAUUUUAAGAUGUAUGGCAGAUGAAGUCCUUCCUUAUGAACUGCGUGCUUCGUUUUGUCGGCUCAUGCUGCACAUGCAUGUUGAUCGUGACCCACAGGAGCAGGUGACCCCAGUGAAAUACGCACGGCUUUGGUCGGAGAUCCCCACUGCUAUCUCCAUUGAUGAUUAUGAGUCCCACACAAGUCAGGAGACGGGAAAGGAGAGUGUGAAAACCAAGUUUGCAGGGACUAUCUCCUUUGUGGAGGAUUACCUGUGUAAUGUGGUCAGCCAUUCUUGGUCAUUUGUGGACAAAGAGCAGAAUAAACUGACCUUUGAAGUGGUGAACUUGGCGCGCCAUCUCAUCUACUUUGGCUUCUACUCCUUCAGUGACUUGCUGCGUCUGACAAAGACUUUGCUCGCCAUUUUGGACGCUGUGCCUGAGACAACUGGAGAAAGCAAAAUUACUUCAAUUGAUGCUAAGAAGACCUCAAUGAGUGCAGUGGUGUCCAAUUUGAUAGCCAAGAGUGGAGAGCUGGCAGAAGCUAAGACUAAGAAGCAGGAGAAGGAGGAUACCAUGGUGAUGGACACCAAACUGAAGAUCAUAGAAAUACUACAGUUCAUAUUGAACGUGCGCCUGGAUUAUCGUAUUUCAAGUCUUCUGACCAUCUUCAAACGGGAGUUUGAUGAGAACAAUGCCACAGAGAAGACUGGAGAGGCUGUCAGUACAGAAAAGUUUAUUUUGAAUGUCCGUCUGGACUACUAUAUAACUAGUCUGCUCAGUGUCUUCAAAGAGGCCUUUGAGAAACUGAAUCAGGAACACGCCUCAGAUGACAGGGAUCUUUAUAUCCUGCAGACACAGAAAUCCUGGUUGGACCUGGAGACCAUUGGGACACAGGCUGAAGACAUCUUUGGAGGGAGUGCUGAGGCAGCAGAGCUGGACCUGGAUGGUCAAGGUGGCCGUAUGUUCCUAAGAGUCCUUCUCAACUUGGUGAUGCACAACUACCCGUCCCUGGUGUCAGGGUCCCUCCAGCUGCUCUUCAGACACUUCAGCCAGAGACAGGAGGUCCUGCAGGCCUUUAAACAGGUGCAGCUCCUGGUCUCAGCAGGGGAUGUAGAGAACUACAAGCAGAUCAAGACAGACCUUGAUGAACUGCGCCUCCUGGUGGAGAAAUCUGAGCUCUGGGUGUACAAGACCAAGCAGAAUGAUGAUGAUGAUGCUGGUUCUCAUAGCACAACUUCCAGUAAGAAGAAGAAGAAAGGCAAGGGGUCUGGACCCUCUGAGGACUCUCAGGAGGAGAAAGGCAGUGGAGAGUCUAAGGAGAAAAAAGAUGAGAAGAAAACACCUAGUUUGGGUUUGGCUCAUGAGAAGGGUUCUGCCAUUGAUCUAGACAUAGGUCCUCCCAUUGACUCCAGUGCCUCCCAUAACUACAAGACCAUCAAGGAGGUGGAGAAGAACAUAUCCUAUAAGAAGAGUGCAGACACACGCAUGCAUGAGAUCAUGCGUCUUGCUCACAAGUUCUUGCAGAUGUUCUGUCUGGGCAACCACUCCAACCAAGCCUUGCUGCACAAAAGUCUGGACAAGUUUCUCAAUCCUGGGCUUUUGGAGGCACAAACAGCACGUGCCAUUUUCCAAGACAACGUCAACCUGUGCAAUGAGGUGACAGAGAGAGUGGUCCAGCACUACGUCCACUGUAUUGAGACACAUGGCCGACAUGUGCAGUACCUGAAGUUUCUACAGACCAUUGUGAAGUCAGAAGGCACUUUUAUCAGAAAGUGUCAGGAUAUGGUGAUGUCGGAGUUGGUCAAUGUUGGUGAAGAUGUCCUCCUGUUCUACAAUGACAAGGCAUCUUUCCAAACCCUGGUCCAACUGAUGAGAUCCGAGCGGAACCGCCUGGAUGAGAACAGCCCUCUGAACUACCAUAUCAACCUGGUCCAGCUCUUGGCUUACUGCACUGAGGGAAAGAAUGUCUACACAGAGAUCAAGUGUCACUCUCUGCUGCCCCUGGAUGACAUCGUCAGGAUCGUCACACACGGAGACUGUAUUCCUGAGGUGAAGAGUGCUUACAUCAACUUCUUGAACCACUGUUAUGUGGACACUGAGGUGGAGAUGAAGGAGAUAUACACCAGUAACCACAUGUGGACAUUGUUUGAGGGGUUCCUGGUUGACAUGGCAACUGUGUGUAAUGCAACUCAUGACAGAAAGCAUGCAGACACAGUGCUGGAGAACUAUGUCAGCACCACCAUCAUGAGCAUCCUGGUCACCUUUUUUGGAUCACCUUUCUCUGACCAGAGUACUACAGUACAGACCAGACAGCCCAUAUUUGUUCAGCUGCUCCAAGGUGCCUUCCGCCUCUCCCACUGCACUUGGCUCUCUGGUGCCCAGAAAUACAAUGUGGAAAACUGCAUUAAGACUCUGUCUGAUAUAGCCAAGGCCCGUGGUAUUGCUAUCCCAGUGGACCUAGACAGCCAAGUGAACACCAUGUUCUCCCAGUCUCAGCUGGUAAGGAAACACACAAGACAGUGGCUGAAUGUGGGCAAACACCGCAAAGAUUCUCUCAUCACCAUCUCUAGGGACUACAGGAGUAUCAUUGAAGGCUUGCAGGACAUUGUGGCACUGUUGGAGGAUCAGCUUCAUCCCCUGGUGCAGGCAGAACUGUCUGUACUUGUGGAUGUCCUCCAUAGACCUGAGCUCCUCUUUCCUCCCUCCACGGCAGCAAGAAAGCACUGCGAGAGUGGGGGAUUUAUUUCAAGGUUGAUCAAGCACACAGAAAGGUUGUUGGAGGACAAGGAAGAACCGCUGUGUAUUAAGGUCCUCCAGACCCUCAAAGAGAUGAUGACAGUGGACUCAGAUUAUGGAGAGAAGUUGGACUUGAAGAGUAUGAACAAGAAAGAGAGUGAUGACCAUAAAAGGGGUGAAGCUCUGCGACAGAGUCUCCUGACGAGGUAUUAUGGGAAAGCUCACCCUCGGGCCAGAAAAACUGAUACUGCACAUGACAAGCGUAAGAAAUCAGAGGGCAGUGGUCCUGGGGCUGUGGUCCUCAGCAGAGCAGACAUGACACUGGCUGAAGUACAGUGUCACCUGGAUGCCCAUGGUGCCUCAGACUUAGUGGUGGACCUGGUCAUCAAUAACUUCAGUCACAAGGUCUUCCUGGAGGCAGUGGAACUGGGGAUAGCAUUGCUGGAAGGGGGCAACAGCACCAUACAGAGGUCCUUGUUCCUGCGUCUAACUACAGAGAAGAAUUCAGAAAAAUUCUUCCGUGUUUUCUUUGACCGUAUGAGGGAGGCACAAACAGAGAUCAAGUCAAGCACUGUCACUGUGAACACUGAAAGUGAAACAGGGAAAAAGAAAGAUGAAAUUCACAAGGAGGCACCAAAGCAUGAGGGAAAGAAAGAUAAAAAGAAAGACAAGAGUCAGGGUCCAGUGGUCAAUGAGGAGUUGAGGUCAGAGCUGGAGGAGGCAGCUGUUCAAACCAGUAAAGCCAUUGCCAUGGUGAGGAGAGUCCGUAGCCGUGACGAUGACUCCCGCUCUCAGCAGGCAUCUAUUGAUGAUCUCCUUGGUGACAAGGCUGUGACACACAAGGAGAAAGAGGAGAAGAAAGUGUCUCUGGAAAUUGCUGUGAUGCAGCCAAUUUUGAGGUUCUUGCAACUGCUCUGUGAGAAUCAUAACAGAGAUCUUCAGAACUAUCUGAAGAGCCAAAGCAACAAGACCAACUACAACUUGGUGUGUGAGACACUGCAGUUUUUGGACUGUAUCUGUGGCAGCACCACUGGGGGUCUGGGGCUGCUGGGACUGUAUAUUAAUGAGGAUAAUGUGGGCCUCAUUAACCAGACCCUGAACACACUGACUGAGUUCUGUCAGGGACCCUGUCAUGAUAACCAGAAUGCUAUUGCUACACAUGAGAGUAAUGGGAUAGAUAUCAUCAUAGCCCUGAUUCUGAAUGACAUCAAUCCUCUCGGGAAGCAACGCAUGGACUUGGUGCUAGAACUCAAGGACAAUGCCUCCAAGUUGCUGCUGGCCAUUAUGGAGAGUCGCCAUGACAGUGAGAAUGCUGAGAGAAUUCUGUAUAACAUGAGCCCCAAGCAGUUGGUUGAUGUGUCCAAGAAUGCAUUCCACCAAGAGGAAGAAGAUGAAGAGGUGGAGAUGGACAGUGAUGAUGUUAAUCAGGCUUCUCCCAAGAAUGUCGGACACAAUAUUUAUAUUCUUGCUCAUCAGCUUGCUCAACACAACCGUGAAUUAGCUGGGAUGCUGAAGCCUAGCGGGGCCCCGGGACACCCUUCCACCCCUGGGGACAUCGCCCUGGAGUACUAUGCCAAACACACCGCACAGAUUGAGAUUGUGCGCCAGGAUCGAACCAUGGAGCAGAUAGUAUUUCCUAUCCCAGAAAUCUGUGAGUAUUUGACCCCAGAGACCAAGCUACGUGUUUAUAACACGGCGGAGAGAGAUGACCAGGGCAGCAAGGUGUCCUCCUUCUUUGACCAGAAUGAUGAUUUGUUUGAUGAAAUGAGGUGGCAGAAGAAACUGCGAGCCUCCCCUGCGUUGUUUUGGAUCAGUAGUCACAUGACCCUGUGGAGCAGCAUUGCCUUCAAUCUGGCUGUGUUGAUCAACUUGAUGGUGGCCUUCUUCUAUCCCUUCAAUAAUAGCAUCAAGGAACUAGAUCCCAGACUGUCUGGAUGUCAUCAUUAUUAUUCUUUCUUCUCCAGAACUAGAUCCCAGACUGUCUGGAUGUCAUCAUUAUUAUUCUUUCUUCUCCAGAACUGUAACCCAGUGUGGACAUCUCUACACAUACAACACAACACAGAGAUUCCCACAGAAGCCCCUGGUGCUGAUGAUAGCUCUCUGGAGAAGACAGAAGAGGUGGAGACUGAGAAGGAACGUGCCUGUGACUCUCUUAUCAUGUGCAUUGUAACAUCUCUGAAUGAAGGCCUUAGAAAUGGUGGUGGCAUAGGUGACGUGCUACGGAAACCCAGCAGCAAGGAGCCCUUAUUUGUGGCCAGAGUUAUCUAUGACUUGCUCUUCUUCUUCAUUGUCAUCAUUAUCACCCUGAACCUCAUCUUUGGUGUCAUCAUUGACACAUUUGCUGACCUGAGAAGUGAGAAACAACAGAAAGAAGAGAUUUUGAAAAACACAUGUUUUAUUUGUGGUCUGGAUAGAUCUUCAUUUGACAAUAAAUCGGUUUCAUUUGAGGACCAUAUCAAGAAUGAACACAACAUGUGGCACUACCUGUACUUCAUAGUGCUGGUGAAAGUGAAAGAUCCCACAGAAUUCACGGGACCAGAGAGCUAUGUCUAUGCCAUGAUCAGAGACAAAAAUUUAGACUGGUUCCCAAGAAUGCGUGCCAUGUCUCUGGCGGCAGAUGAGGGAGAGGGAGAGCAGAAUGAGCUGCGUAAUCUCCAGGUGCAGCUGGAACACACCAAUAAACUGGUGCUGACCCUGUCCCAGCAGCUGAUGGAACUCAAGGACCAGAUGUCUGAACAGCGUAAACAGAAACAGCGUCUCGGCCUCCUUAACACUCCACAGCAGCUGUUUGGGGCACCACCUAUGUAACACUCCACAGCAGCUGUUUGGGGCGCCACCUAUGUAACACUCCACAGCAGCUGUUGGGGCGCCACCUAUGUAACACUCCACACCAGCUGUUUGGGGCGCCACCUAUGUAACACUCCACAGCAGCUGUUUGGGGCGCCACCUAUGUAACACUCCAUACCAGCUGUUUGGGGCGCCACCUAUGUAACACUCCAUACCAGCUGUUUGAGGCGCCACCUAUGUAACACUCCAUACCAGCUGUUUGGGGCACCGCCUACCACAAAGAUUCAUUCACAUGCCAAUUAAUUCUGGACAUUUCUUAACAACCUAUGCUCACUCUGUAGUUUCAACUGUGUCAUAUUCAUUCCCUAAUGUGACAUAGGGGAUAAAUUAAACAAAACAAAAACCUUUUUAUUAGUUUUUUUCCUGGGCUACAGUGGUUUAAUGGACCUUAUUUUAUGUACAUAAAUUAGAUGCUAGAUAUAUUUAGCAAAGUUGACAAUUUGUAAGAUUUCAGCUGACAGUACUUUAAAUAUACAUGUUGUUCUUUUUAAGAUGUUUGCAACAAAAUCUUUAUAUUGUAAUAUUGUCAAAGUCUGUUGGAAGGAACAUUGAUAUGACAACAGAAAUGCAUAGAAAUUAAUUAUGGCAAAAAUGCUCGUCUUAGUAAAUGGUAAUUGAGAUGAUACACUUUUAUUGUAACAGACAAUAAAUUUACUGUUCAAAUGGGUGAUUGUUUCAUUAACUUGAAGCAGGGUGAUAAUUUGUAUUUGGUAUGGUUUCUGGGCAUGUCAACAUGUUAUAUUAAAUGUGAUUGCAUGAGCUUAAGAGUCUGACUGAUUUUCUCUCCAGAUUUUGAGGGCUGACAACUUUGCACAAAUAAAAGGUCAUUAAGGUUAAGGGUUUUCAUAAAAUAUUGUUUGCUUGGACAACCAUCAUGCUUUGGGGGUAAGUAUAUGCCCACAUAUAGAUAUUGGGGGUCUAGAUAGUGGCAUUUGUGACAGUUGUCAGUAGCAUUCUGCACCCAUCAGAGCAUUGGAUCCCACGGGAGUAUUAGAACAUCAACAUAUUUAUUUAAAGGGUAAAUUAUCCCUGUUGCCUUGUGGGGCCACUUAAAACUUCCCUGGUUUUUGGGUCAGUUGAACUGUUUAAAGGGCUUUUCUGCUUUUGUAUACUUAACAAAAAGUCUUUUUCCUAUACUUGAUAUCCAUUUGACAUUCAGUUACUACUUGUUGCACAUCUAAAUUCACUUCCAAAAAUAAGAGGUAGUCCUACUUUCAAGCAGGCUCAUGUACCUUGCUGGUGGUACAUAAUGUAGAGGUGGUCCUCACCUCUCUGAGCAUCCAGAUUAUCUUGUUCUGUUUUGUGUGACUGGACAACAUCAACUGUCUGCCAUUUGACAAACUUUAGUUCCUAUUUAGAGAGAAGACUUUUGGAUAAGUAACAUGGACUAAAUGCUUUUACUGGUUAAGAGUUUUGUGUUUAAGUGAUGAAAAUUAAGUUUUAUUGUGAAAGAGGCUAGUUUGAGGCUUUAAAGUACAUUUGACCUCAGUACCAUGUAGGUUGUUGUAUCAGUACUGUCCAGAAAUGGAAAAGUGUUGCACUGAUUACACACUUUAGAUAACACAUCAUGUGAUUUUGAGAUUUUCUUGUAGCACGUACUUUAUGAAAAUGUCAACUUUUGCACUGUUAACAAUGUAUGCAAGUGUGACAAAUUCAGCCAUUUAAUUUUGUAUAACUAUUUUAUAUAGGUGAACAUGUAAUAAUUCCAAUUGCAUUUAGGUAUACAUGUAGGACAAUAAAAACGACAUGACCAUGUAUUUAUUAUGAUGUUUGAUAGAGCUAAAUAAGGAAAUCUAGUUCUUGGUUUGGGGAAAUUUAAUAGCUUGCAUACUUUGACCGAUUAUUUUAAUAUAUGAUAUAUGACAGAUAUUAGUCAUAAUACAAUUUAUAUGAAUAAAUCUAGAUGAUUUUCAAGAUAUUUUAUCUCAAAAUGUCAGUUAGUUAUUUCCUGCCUACGCAGUGGCAUAAGCCACAAACUCUGUUAACACAAUGGCUUAAUUUGCUUAUAAGAAAGGAAACUAUUCAUCUGUAAGCCACAAACUCUUUUAACACAAUGGCUUAAUUUGCUUAUAAGAAAGGAAAUUGGGAGGGAUUUAAGGGAGUGAUGAAAGGCAAAUGAGUAAAUUGCGUGGCGUAGAACUACCUAGACAUUGAUAGUAGGGUUUUAUUGUAAAACGUAUUU